ACUUCAAAUGAUUGAUAUAUUUGAUGUGCUUCCUCAACUGGAAGCCUGAGCUUGCUGGCCUGCUUUUUCCAACUAUCUAGAAGUGUGGAGAUCUUUUAAGUACCAACCCAUCAGAUUUUGUUUUCAUCAGAUGCAAGAUUUGUAGCAGUCCUUGUAGAUUGUUUUGGGUUGUGUCAAGGUUAUAUCACUCUUUCUUUGCAGCAGUCCUUAGUAAUUUGCUUCAUAUAAAGUUUCAGUCUGUCUCCUCCUUAUAACUUUGCUUUUUCUUGAAAAUGGCCUGCAAUACAAUUGCAGUAAGCUGCCAUGACCUCAAUUUAUUCUGUCGGGCAAAUCAUACUGCUGCUCCUCAAGGAUGUUUGAGCCUGAGGACAGGUUUAUCUGUCCCAUACAAAGGUUUGCAUACCACAUUGGGGCUGUCUCAUUAUAAAAAUGGCUAUAAGGUAGGCCUUCACAGCUAUUUGAAAAAUGGUUCAUUGCCUUAUAAGCAUUCAGUGUCAUGGUCACUUUCUUCUUCUUCUUCUUCUUCUUCUUACCAUUUGAAAAGUGGGUUCUUGCCAUAUAAGCAUUUAGCACCAUCUCCAUGCCAAAAAACAAUGGCCCGUUUGGUUGAUUUGGCUGAAACAUUAGAGGAGCAGAGUGUUUUUGAUCUUAAAGAAUACAUGAAGUCCAAGGCAGUGGCAGUGAAUGAGGCAUUGGAUAGAGCAAUCCCACUUAGCUACCCUAAAAGGAUGCAUGAAGCCAUGAGGUACUCUCUUCUUGCAGGAGGAAAGAGGGUAAGGCCUGUUCUUUGCAUUGCAGCAUGUGAGCUUGUGGGAGGAACACAAGAUCUGGCCAUGCCAGCUGCAUGUGCAAUGGAGAUGGCUCAUACAAGCUCACUUAUACAUGAUGAUCUGCCUUGUAUAGACAAUGAUGACUUAAGAAGAGGCAAGCCCUCAAAUCACAAAGUAUUUGGUGAAUCAGUUGCUGUUCUUGCAGGGUAUGCCCUGCUCGGACUGUCCUUUGAGCAUAUUGCAGUUUUUACAAGCAAGAGUGUAGACUGUUCUAGGACUUUGAAGGUUAUAUCUGAAUUGGGUAUGGCAGUAGGCUCUCGGGGAGUUGCAGGAGGUCAGUUUGUUGAUACUGUAAGUGAAGGGAAUGGUUCUAUUGAUUUCGAAACUCUUAAAUGGAUUCACAUCCACAAGACGGCUAUGUUGUUACAGUGCUCUGUUGUUUGUGGAGCAGUAAUUGGAGGUGGAUCAGAGGAGGAGAUUGAGAGGGUUAGGAGAUAUGCUCAUUAUGUGGGUCUUCUGUUUCAAGUGGUUGAUGACAUACUGGAUGUUACAAGAUCAUCACAAGAAUUGGGUAAGACUGCAGGCAAGGAUUUGUCUGCUGACAAGGCCACUUACCCCAAGCUGAUGGGCUUGGAGAAGGCUAAGGAAUAUUGUGCUGAUUUGGUGAAGAAAGCUAAGGAUGAGCUGUCUUGCUUUGAUGCUGUGAAGGCUGCACCUCUGUUGGGUCUUGCAGAUUACAUUGCACGCAGACAAAACUAAAGCCACCUGCUCGUUUUGCAUUCCACUGGUUUUUAGAAAGCGUCAGCUCAGUAUUAAAUAUUAUGGGCUUUUAUUUGUUCAAAUCUUAUCCUUAGUAUAAGAUGUGGUUAAAGUGUUUGAUUUUUAAUUAUUUUUGAUAAGUUCUAAUCCCAAAAAUGAGAUCUGAAGUAGAGUUUUAAGUGGGGGUUCAUGGUUUUUGACUGUUAUCUUUUUUAUAGGACUUCCAAAAUUGUUACUCUGGAAAAGUUAGGUAUUUUCUUAUUUUAGUUUAUAGUUGUAAUAGCAAAAAUUGUAUAUUUAUGUUUUUUUUUCUUA